GCGGGGGGAGGAGAGGGGGGCAGAUAGGAACCUGAAGUGAGGAGGAGAAAGGAAACGGGCGCCCCUCGCCAGGCAGCGCUGCCUUCUCUUCCCCCUCCCCGCCCCCCAGUAAAAUAAAAUAAAAGCCUCGACCUCCGUCCUACCUACAGCAAGUCUCAGCCCCGACCCCGCUCAAGCCUGGCCAGUCCAGCAGCCUCCCUGGGCUCCCGUUUGGCCCCCGGCCCUGCCGCGCCGCCUUCCUCUCGUCUGCCAGCCAUUCCGUUCUCCCUCCUGGAGCUCUCCCCCCCCCGCUUCUGUUUUCGCCAUGUGCUCCCCGCUGCUGCCGCCGCCGCCGGGCGGAAAGUCUGAAAGUUCCCCUCAGAAGAAGAGCUGGGGCGGGGUGGGGGGAGAUAAACCCCACGAGGCUGGUUUCUGACCCCGGCUCUCCCCUGCACAGGGAGGGUGACCACCUGGCUGCUGCCGAUAAGGCCGCUCAGAGACUGCUGGGCUGGCCGGUCGUCAGGCUCUCUUGUUGGUUUCUGCCCUCCGCGCCGCGGGUGUCAUGAUCCCGGCCACGCGAGUUCCGUUCUUCCUGAUCAGCUCGUGCGCGCCUCACAAUUCCGCGCUCUGACAAUUCCAGGGUUCAGUCAUGGCAAGCUUGUCUGCAAAAAAAAAAAAAAAAGGGGGGGGGGAGUGCAUGCGUUCUUGGUAUCUAAGUUUUUGUUGUUGCUGUUAACGGCUUGAGCUAAGCAGUCAGAAAUAUUUAGGCAGAGGAGAAUCUCUUUCAGCAUAAAGGGAUGUGGCUGAACUAAAAAAAACUGCCUUCCUGCUGCAUUCAGUUCAUUGUGUUUUAUGUCAGCCUUGCCUCCAUAAGUAUAUGCGUCCAUAAUAGUCUUGACCUACCAACUAAUUUGUUGAAUGUAGUUGUAAAUCUUGCUCGCUUAUGCUGGUUGCAUCAGAUUUUAUAGCCUACCUCAUCCCAAGGGUUUGGGGCAGAUGUCAGUAAGCUAAAUUGUGAAACAUCAUGACCUUCAAAACAUCAUGACAUCCUUCAAACCCUUCACAAGGUGAGGGCACCUUGCAAUCCAGUGCAUUCAGUUUUAUAUGCUUGAAAGGAAUGAAGUUCCUGCAGGUGAAAGCCUGUACUGUUUGUUGCAAGUCAACUUGGUCUCAGCUUCAAGAUCUGUGUCGUUUGGAGAAGGUGUGCUGCCCUCACUUGGGCAUCACCAGAAAAAACCUCAGUGACUUUGAAGUGGAAUAUUUGUGUGACUACAAGAAAGUCCGGGAUGAUGAAUACUAUCUAGUGAAGUGGAGGGGCUACCCUGAUUCAGAGAACACUUGGGAGCCCCGUAAGAACCUGCGCUGUAUCAGUAUUCUCAGACAGUUCCACCGGGACCUUGAGCAGGCAUUGGUCCGCCGAGAAGGCAAGCUGAAAAAGAACGUGCGCUUGCUUGACCAAGGCAUCUCCAACUACCUAGUACAGAAGGCCAAACAGCGACGGGCUCUGCGGCAUUGGGAAUAUGAGCUCAACGCCAAGCGCAACCACAAGGGACGCAUUGUGGUAGAGAAUGAGGUGGACUUGAAUGGGCCUCCCCGGGACUUUGUCUACAUCAAUGAGUAUAAGGUUGGGGAGGGCAUCACUCUCAACCAGGUGGCUGUGGGCUGUGAGUGCCGGGACUGUCUGUCGGAAGCUGCAGGGGGUUGCUGCCCUGGUGCUUCACACCACAAAUUUGCCUAUAAUGAGCUGGGCCAAGUGAAGAUCAAGGCUGGCAUGCCCAUCUAUGAAUGCAAUUCUCGGUGCUGCUGUGGGAUUGACUGCCCCAACCGUGUGGUACAGAAGGGCAUUCGUUAUGAUCUUUGCAUUUUCCGGACGGAUAAUGGGCGUGGCUGGGGUGUACGCACACUGGAGAAGAUCCGCAAGAACAGCUUUGUCAUGGAAUAUGUAGGAGAGAUCAUCACUUCAGAGGAGGCUGAGCGACGGGGUCAGAUCUAUGACUGUCAGGGUGCCACUUACCUGUUUGACCUGGACUACGUAGAGGAUGUAUACACAGUAGAUGCUGCCUACUAUGGCAACAUUUCACACUUUGUCAACCAUAGUUGUAACCCCAACCUACAGGUGUACAAUGUCUUCAUUGAAAACUUGGAUGAACGGCUGCCACGCAUUGCCUUUUUUGCUACUCGGUCAAUCCGUGCUGGUGAGGAACUCACCUUUGACUACAACAUGCAGGUGGACCCAGUAAAUGCAGAGAGCACAAGGAUGGACUCUAAUUUUGGCCUAGUAGGAGGCCUGGCUGGCUCCCCGAAGAAGCGGAUGCGUAUUGAGUGUAAAUGUGGCACAGAGUCCUGCCGGAAAUACCUCUUCUAGUUCCCUGCCAGUUUUGCUUGGAAGAUACCUGGUCAGGCUUGGUCUAGAAGCCAGGGGACAAACUGGCAGUUGCUGAAAGAUUGCAGACGGAGGGUAAGAGUCAGGAACUUACCUGCUUGAAAAUUGGAUUACCAGGACUAUGGACUGCAAAGAGUGCAGUGACCCACAUCUCUUGUGCUUGCUUCCCAGUCCCACUUGGCUGCUUCUCACUGCCAGACAGGAGGGUUUUUUAAAAAAUGGCAGUUAGGGGUCUCCUUGAUAGGAAGGUGGUUUGGUUUGUUAAACUUGCUGCUCAGAUGCUGGCUGCAAAAAACAACACCCACCGUAAUCUAUAUGUGUCUUAUCAGAACCUCAGUUAUAGCUUCUUACUGAUUUAAAGGCUUGAUUGCAGAUGCCAUGUGGCAGAGUACACUGGCUAAUUUCUUGUCUUCAGUAUGGUUUUCUAAGGGAUAGAAGUCCUGGUUUUAAAGAAGCACUUCCUAGCUGCUUUACAGGUAGCUGGGAAAACACAGCCGCUUGGGUUUUUUUAAAAUGGAUUUUCCUGUAUAUUACCUCAGUGUGCCAUAGAUAACUGCUGACCCACCUCUACACAUUCAUGGAACUUCCUUUCCAUGAGGGUGUAGAAGAGAGGCCAGAUCAUUUGUACUUGAAGUCGCACUUAAUACCAAUCUUGGAGUUAAGCCCUAUGCAGACUAAAAAGCCACAAUGUUGCCUCUUUUAAUGAAUGAAUUUGUUUUUAAAAGGACAUUUAAAAAAAAUAUUUUUGGAAGUGGAUUGAGUAGAGAGCUUCUGGAAGCAGCUGUAUCUUGGAAGUUAUGGUGAAGUUCUUGAAUUAUGACCAACUAACUGAAUUAGAUGGUUGGAUUCCUUAUUUUGUUUGAAACACCACUUUGUACUGGUUAUUUCCUUUUAAAACAAAAACUUCUGACUUCAGUUGUGUAACUGAAUGUGGAGAGUGAAAAUUGGCAGCACCUUCCACUUAACAAAUUUGGGAUAGCCAUACAAGAUUCUCAGAUCAUUUCUAUGGAUCUCUUGAAUAGCUCAUAGCACUGCAGUCACAGGGUACAUAAUGUGAGGCUUUACAAUCAGUUAACUGUAUAAUAGCAUCCAUUGCCCUUGUAAUCGUCACUGUCAAAUCUAAUUUUUUUUAACAUAAUGAGCUACAGUAUUUUUUACUUGCUGGCCCUAUGGUGAAAGAACUGAUGGGCCAUGCUUCCAUAUCUACAUCUGUGGGUAACUGCAAAUAGAGACCAUCUGGGUUAAUUUUUUUCUAAUUAAAUAGAGAGCUCAGGGCAAUGGGGUGGGGAGCAGCUCCAGUAUCUAUGGGGAAUUCUAGAUUUGAAUGCUGUGUUUAAUUUAAGAGAGACUAGCAUGUGGUGGUUGUGGAGAGGGAGUUCAGUGUCUCUGCAUUUCUAUUCAACAUAAAGUAAGAGAGCAACAAGGGUUUUAACCCUACUGUGCCCUCUGUUUCAAAGAGACAGCCUCUGGGAUGAUAUCCUUGUGAAACACUCCAAGGCAUAUGAGGAAGAGCAUUCCCACACGGUUGCUAUUGUUAAUUCUUCAGUGCUUAAGGAUGAAAAGGGCACUCUCAUCAUUGAUCCUCUAGUGAAGUCCAUAUAAAGUUGGCUUUCACACUAUUGAGCCUUAAGGCAGCUAUUCAGAAUGCUACCUGGUGGACAGAAAUUCAGUGUUCCCAUUUCAUCACCAACAGCUGCACCUGCUGAAUUUCUGCACCUCAUAUAGCUAUUAAGAUCAGAGAACUGGCCAGAAAAGUGUACCCUUAGAACCACAAAGUACUAUUAUAAAUUUCAUCACCACUGACUCAUGCCAAACUGGUUCAUGCACUAUAGCAGUGAUCUUCACUAUUUUCCCAUGUGGGGGUCAUUUUGGCAAAAAAGCUUCAGUGUGAGAGCAGUUUUUCAACUCACUGACCUCUGCACAGUGCUGUGUUUUCCCAGUGACCAGUGGGGAGGCUUUCAGAGAAAAAGCACCUUGUUGUGUUCCAAUGCCAUCUUGGAAGGUACAGAUGGGAUGCCAGGCAGUGUAGACCUCCUCAGUAUUUUCCCCUUAGAGUUCUAUGGGAGAAGGACUACAUAGUACUCUGACUACCUUCCAAGAGGGUGCUGGGGUUUGAGAGGGCUCUAUUACACAGUGGUGGGUGAAGCACUGGCCACCUCUGCAUGGUAACUGGGGGGCUGUGUGGACUACUCAGCUUUGGCUGAAGCUUCACAUAGGCCCACUAGCCAGGGAACUGCCACUGGCUCAUGGGCCUUGCAAUGAACACCACUAGUACAGAAUUGGCCUUGCAUACAACUUAAAUAAGCAGGUUGUUUAAGGAGAUAAACCAGCUCCUGUCCCAGUUCGUCAACUUCUUCCAUGUUUGUGUGAAUUGGAACCCCUCUCUAAUGAAUGUUCCAGGUCCUGGUAUAGCCUCUGAAGGUCUUAGUGUAGUACUAAAGUGAAAUCCUAUGUAGAGAACAGUAUUUGGCCCAAUAUAUUAACUUUUUUGUAUGGCUAUCCAGGUUUACAGAAGGGCAGCUAAUCUGAGAUAAAUGGAAUGGGCUGAGUACUUUGUAACAAUUAAAUUACAACAUUAAAGCAGUACUCCAAAGCUUUUACAAAAAGCAGCACCAUCUCUCAAAAGGUCACAUCAUCAGUUUAUUUCUAAAUUAAGCCUAAGAAUUUGCAGUUAAGAGUUUACUAGGAUUGCAGCUAUACUAUCGGUUAAAACAUCAUCAAAUAUGUUACCUUCUCAAACAUAUGUAUGCUCAUAGGAAGUUUGUGAUUUCUAUUCUACCUUUUUAACUUUGUCCCUUUAUGGAUUAAUUCCAGUUCUUCAUCCUGUACAUAUGUAAAUAUUAUUUUCUUAGAGCAGCUAUGACUGCAUUAUAAAUCAGUUGCCAUUAGUA